CGCGUGCUUAUCCGCGGAAGGUGCCAGGCUGGGCUCCAGAGCCAUCCCCAGACCUGCUGUAGCCGUAUUUUGAUGUCUUUUCGUGCAAGUGGCUGGUACCUGGCACCAGCAUUCUGCCCUUGGCUCCGUGCCCUGGGGAGCGGCCAUGGAGGAUCCUGAUGGGAAGAUUGAAGUGGUGCUGCUGGCCUGUGGGUCCUUCAACCCCAUCACCAACAUGCACCUGAGGCUGUUUGAGCUGGCUAAAGACUACUUCCAUGAAACAGGAAAAUACAAAGUCGUCAAAGGCAUCAUUUCACCGGUGGGUGAUGCGUACAAGAAGAAAGGUCUGAUCAGCGCCAAUCACCGAGUGGCUAUGGCAAAACUGGCUACAAAAAACUCGGAUUGGGUGGAAGUUGAUGAUUGGGAAAGCUGCCAGAGCGAGUGGUUGGAAACACUAAAAGUUUUAAGGCAUCAUCACCAGAAGCUUUUGUCUGCUGAUGUCAGUAAUAGUCUGCAGGAUGCUGUACCCAUAACAAAGCUGGGACGGAAGAGAAAACAGGAGCCAAAUAGGCACGAGCCCAUUAAAAAGAGAAAUCAGAGUCCGACCGUAAAGAGUGUCCCACAGGUUAAACUGCUCUGUGGAAGUGACAUGCUGGAAUCUUUUGGGGUCCCCAAUCUCUGGAAGUUGGAGGACAUCACCGAAAUUGUGGAAAAACACGGCCUUGUGUGCAUCAGCAGGGCUGGAAACAACGUCCAGAAAUUCAUCUAUGAGUCUGACGUUUUGUGGAGACACAAGAACAACAUCCACCUAGUGGAAGAAUGGAUCACAAACGACAUUUCCUCCACCAAGAUCCGCCGAGCCCUGCGGCGGGGGCAGAGCGUGCGGUACCUGGUGCCGGAGGCGGUGCGCGCCUACAUCGAGAGGCACGGGCUGUACAGCGCCGAGAGCGAGGACACCAACGCAGGGCUGCUCCUGGCUCCCCUGCAGAAACACGCCAGCGACCCCAGGGGCUCACUGAGCAGCUGAGCUGUGUGCUGGGGACAGAGUGCAUUUCAGUGCAGUGCUUUCUAGGGGCUGGCUGGGUUUCUCUUAGGUACACAGUGUGCAUUCUGCACAUCUGCAGUUGGUAGUGAGGUUGGCUGCACUCAGUGAUUGGACCUACACAACCUUUUGCAAGUCCAGGGAUAAGAUUGUCACAUUUUAAUGUUUUGUCCCAGUGCACUGAAGUGGGUGUAAGAAUUCACAUUGGUACGUGAAAAUUGCAAAUGUGUAAGCAAAACAAAUGAAAAUGUCUUGAUUAGUUUUAACUCAAACUACUCUGCUAUUCAUAAAACAGUAACACAAAUAUUUUUAAUAACUGACAGUGUCUUAACAAAGUUAUUUGGUUUCAAGAGGUACCAUUUACUUAGAGUAAAUCUAUGUAAAUUUUUUAAAAAUUGUCACCAUGUGAUUCACCUCAAAAAAGCAAUUUAGCUCUAUCCUGGAAGGGAAGAAUUUCCUGGCUGAAGUGAUUCUAGGUAUAGCAUGAUUUGAACUGCUUGCCUUUGAGCUAUGCAGCUGCUUGUUUGCUAUCAUGCAGUUUGCUUCCAGAAGUGUCUUGUACUUUACUUUUCCAUUCAACUUUCUGGGACUGUAGUGUUAAGCUCAGUAUUGUUUCUGAUGGAAGGACAAACCUACCUCAGGAACUGGUUUAAAGGCAUUGAUUUAAUAGAAAAUAAUAAUAGUGUCAUUGCACUGAUUCUCAGACACUUGUCCCUUUAUUACAAAUAAAACAUUUAUUUCAUAUAAUAAAAUAUCUUUUACUUUUGAGCCAUAAGUAGAAUAUAACUAUGUAUAGCCAGAAUUGUUUUCUGUUACUAGAGAGAAAAUGUAGGAUAUCAAUAUUGAUCAGAAGUGAAAUAUUUUCUUUGCUAGAAGUCUGGUUUUACAUCUAACAGUGUAUUGUCUGCAUUGUAUGAACAUAAGUUACAGAGGCACUGUGACUGUUGUGGUGAUAGAAUUCUACCUCCCUUUAUUUGCUGCUAUCUCAUUGUUGUUUGGAUUAUGUGCCUUACUAAGAAUGCCAAGGUUUGCAAGGCGCUUUCUCCUGGGUCAACAGCUCUUCCAUGGGAUCUGCACAGGAUGGCUCUGCUCAGGUUUUUGAGCUCCAGCCCAGCUGAACGUGAGGCUCCCCAGGCAGGCAGGCAGGAGCUGUGGGGCAGAGCAGGGACACGUCCCACGAUCCUGGCUGACUGCUGCCUGUGCAGCCCUGCUUCUGCUGCAGGAUCCAGGAGCCUGCCUGUAACUGCACACUCAGGCUCCACUCAGUUAGGAACACCACAUCAGGGUGCAGAGUGGACUCUUGUCAGACCCUCAAGAGAAUACAGAGCCCUUUCACCACACGUCAUUUAUGCUCAAAAUAUUUUAUUAAUGCUGCAGCAGCAGCAGGACCCCCUUGAUCUGCUUCUGUAAUUAGACCAUAUCCCUAAGAGAAUGUGUUAGAUGCUCAGAGCUUCACAGCAACUAGGAUGGAAGUGGGGAAAAGUAUUUCCACAAAAAUAAAAGCAGAAAUUUGAAGGGAGAAAGGAAUGAACCAUCAUAGAAUGUGGCCAGGGCAAUAGGCAAUGCUUAGGAGCUCCAUAGGCAAUUCUGUGGCUGAGACUUUAAACAGUAACUGGUGCCCUUUAGAGGUCUUUGUGUGAGGUUUAAAUACUGAUUUGCAGAAAGGAUUACACCCCAGACUAUCUGCAUAAUCUAAAUUAAAAUGUUAUGUCUGGACUUUGAUGGGACUUACCAAGUACUGACUUCUCUUUGCUUGCAAGAGUCAGUAGUAUUGCAACAGUGCUUUACUACCAUAACCUCAGAACACCAAACUGUGGGUGAAAUGUUAUUAUUUGAGUGGGGAGGAAACAGUAAUUUCAAUUUCUCUGUGCCAUUCCUGGUUUAGUGUAGGUUAAAGAACAAUAUCCAGCUGCAAACAGGAAAGAAGCUGUGACGUCCUGAGUUCCUACUUGCAUGAUUCUGUGAGUCAUGUGGGUCAGACUGCCAGCUCCAGAAGCUGAACUAAACUUUGGGGAAACUUCUCUGCAAAAUAUUAUCCUUCUUACUCAGCCUAACACAAGUCAGUAAAUAAAUAAGUAAAUGUAGU